CCGGCAUUUGCAAAAAGAGUUUAAAGGCAAAGACACGCCCCCCCCCCCUUCAGUCGUGCGCUUUGCCUUCCCCCAAAUUCCUCAAAGAUGGUUUGUCUCACGUGCUGCGGGGCGUAAAAGCGGCUCUCGUUCUAUUAGCAGCGAAGCUCCCCGGCCCCGGCGGGACUCGCGCGUGAGGCCAGCAACAGAUGUGGAAAGCGCCCUUGGGCAGUGUCCUGGCUCGGAGACCUCAAGUCUGGAGUAGGGGUUGCAGCCCGAGGGCAGUGCGCGGAGAGUCAGCUAGCAGCGGCUUCCAUCCGCAGGAUCCGCGAUGGUGCCCUUGUGGGCUCCGUGGCUGGCCUGGGCUCUGCUAGGAGUGGCCGGAGCGUGCCCAGAGCCGUGCGCCUGCGUGGACAAGUACGCGCACCAGUUCGCAGACUGCGCCUACAAGGAGUUGCAUGAGGUGCCGGAAGGACUGCCGGCCAACGUGACCACGCUGAGUCUGUCGGCCAACAAGAUCACCGUGCUGCGGCGCGGGGCCUUCGCCGACGUCACGCAAGUCACGUCGUUGUGGCUAGCGCACAAUGAGGUGCGCACGGUGGAGCCCGGCUCCCUGGCAGUGCUGAGCCAGCUCAAGAACCUCGACCUAAGCCACAACCUCAUAUCCAGCUUCCCGUGGAGCGACCUUCGUAAUCUGAGUGCGCUGCAGCUGCUUAAAAUGAACCACAAUCGUUUGGGCUCGCUGCCCCGGGAUGCGCUCGGUGCGCUGCCCGACCUGCGCUCCCUGCGCAUCAACAACAACCGGCUGCGUACCCUGGCUCCUGGCACCUUCGACGCGUUAAGCGCACUGUCCCAUCUCCAACUCUAUCACAACCCCUUCCACUGCGGUUGCAGCCUUGUGUGGCUGCAAGCCUGGGCCGCAAGCACCAGGGUCUCCUUACCAGAGCCCGACUCCAUUGCGUGUGCCUCGCCUCCCGCGCUGCAGGGGGUGCCUGUGCACCGCCUUCCCGCCCUAUCCUGUGUACCACCCAGCGUGCGUCUGAGUGCUGAGCCCCCGCUCGAGGCACCGGGCAGCCCCUUGCCCGCCGGCCUGGCGCUCAUGCUACACUGCGUCGCUGAAGGACACCCCACACCCCGCCUGCAGUGGCAACUUCAGAUCCCGGGUGGCACCAUAGUCUUAGAGCCUCCCGUCCUGAGCCGGGAGGACAACGCAGAUGGGGCCGAUGACGGGGAGGAGGAAGGAGAUGGGGAUGGGCCCACGCAGACGGAGGCCCCAACCCCGACUCCAGCACCCGCUUGGCCCGCGCCCCCAGCCAACCCACGUUUCCUGGCCCUCACAAACGGUUCCCUGUUGGUGCCCCUCCUGAGUGCCAAGGAAGCAGGCAUCUAUACCUGCCGAGCCCACAAUGAGCUGGGGGCCAACUCCACCUCACUACGCGUGGCAGUGGCGGCUGCCGGGCCCCCAAAGCACGCUCCUGGCGCCGGGGGAGACUCUGUAGGGCAGGCCCCUACUUCUGAACGCAAGUCCACAGCCAAAGGCCGGGGCAACAGCGUUCUACCCUCCAAACCCGAGGGCAAAAUCAAAGGCCAAGGCCUAGCCCGGGUUAGCAUCCUCGGGGAAACGGAGGCGGGGCCGGAGCAGGAGGAGGAGGAGGCAGGUGAGGGAGAGGAAGCAGAAGACCAGAUCUCUGCGGAUCCGGCGGAGGAGCAACGCUGUGGCCACGGGGACCCCUCGCGGUACGUGUCCAACCACGCAUUUAACCAGAGCGCAGAGCUCAAGCAGCACGUCUUUGAGCUGGGCGUCAUCGCGCUGGACGUGGCGGAGCGCGAGGCUCGGGUGCAGCUGACGCCGCUGGCGGCGCGCUGGGGAUCUGGGCCUGGCGGGACUGGGGCAGCGGGGCGGCCGGGGCGGCGGCCGCUGCGCCUGCUCUACCUGUGCCCAGCUGGGGGUGGCGCAGCAGUGCAGUGGUCGCGCGUGGAGGAGGGCGUCAACGCCUAUUGGUUCCGCGGCCUGCGGCCUGGUACUAACUACUCAGUGUGUUUGGCGCUAGCCGGGGAGGCUUGCCACGUGCAAGUGGUGUUUGCCACUAAGAAAGAAUUGCCCUCGCUGCUGGUUAUCGUGGCGGUGAGCGUAUUCCUCCUGGUGCUGGCCACCGUGCCCCUGCUGGGCGCCGCCUGCUGCCACCUUUUGGCCAAACACCCCGGUAAGCCCUAUCGUCUUAUACUGCGGCCACAAGCCCCAGACCCCAUGGAGAAACGCAUCGCCGCCGACUUCGACCCACGUGCCUCCUACCUCGAGUCCGAGAAAAGCUACCCGGCAGGCGGCGAGGCAGACGUCGUGGAGCCAGAAGAGGCUCCCGGGGAGGGCCUCGACGAAGACGCGGAGCAAGGGGACCCAGGUGGGGACCUGCAGAGGGAGGAGAGUCUGGCGGCCUGCUCUUUGGUGGAGUCCCAGUCCAAGGCCAACCAAGAGGAGUUCGAGGCGGGCUCUGAGUACAGUGAUCGGCUGCCCCUGGGCGCCGAGGCAGUCAACAUCGCCCAGGAAAUUAAUGGCAAUUACAAGCAGACGGCAGGCUGAAUCCCCAGCCCCACCGGCCUGCCCAUUCCCAUCCCCCACCUUGGGUGCCUGGGAGAAGAAGCCUAGGGCUGGCAGGAUGUACGCCCACCACCCCACCCGCAACCUUUGCUUACUCCGCCCCUUUACCAGCCCUGACCUUCAUUACUGGGGACUUCGAGAGGGGAGUGGGAUGACUGCACCAGUUCCCAGCCACCCAUUAUCAUCAUUGUCUUUGAGGGCUCAAUUCCCCUCCACUGCAAGCACAGUUACUCACUCUCCUCUCUCCCUAUAAUGCACCACCCGCUGACCGGGAAGCGGAAUCCACGCCUCUCCAUUCCCACCCUAAUUGUUAUCUGCGAUAUCUGCUCUGCAGCCUGCCCCACGGUAGGCUCUGGAACCAGAGCAAACAGAGGAGACCACGGAAAUAGCUGGUGGUAAUGCCGUGGCGUGGGGGCAGCCAGCGAUCCGUAGCAGAUGUCCCUUGCGUGGAGUGCUGUAGGGUCCCACCUGGACCCCUACUCCAACAUUUCUGGGGUGCACGUCCCAGAAGCCAGGAAUCCGUGGCAACUCCCUAGUUUUAGUUUCAAAGUCCCCUUGCAGCUGGGAAACAAACCCUUCUGUCCCCCCACCCCCAAUCCGCUUCUAAUCAGCUGGAGCCAAGCCCGGUGCCUGGGGCGCCUUUCAGCUCCGCGCUCCGAUUUUCAUAUUUUCGUAGGGGUUUUUUGUUUGUUUGUUAGUUUGUUUGUUUUGUUUUGUUUUCUCAAAGACAGCGACGCUCCGGGUCCGGUGCUAACACCCCCUUCCCAGCCUCUAGGAAAAUUGGAUGUGUGUGAGGGGGUAGAGCAGGGAAUCCGUUUUCUCUCUCCGGCUCUCCUAACUUAAAGCGCCGAGGAACGGCGCUCCCUUUUAACGCAGAGAGCGUGGGCUUGGUCCUGGGUGAAUUUCGUUGUGGGUGACUUGGGGUUUCCGGAGUUCAAGCACUCCACAGCUGGGGUUCCGCUGCUGCACGUGGCCCAGACCUCCGAGGUGCGCUGGGGGCAAAGGAAGCCAAGUGCGGUCUUCCCGGGCCGGGUUUCGUGCAAGGGCUUGCGCCCUGGUUCGCACAAAGCCUGCGCGUGACGGUGCCUCGGGAUCCGGAUGGAGAAAAGCCCCUGGGUCCUCGCGUCUUCCCGCCCCGCCCCUCCUUCCACGAGAACAGUAUUUGCCUGGCGUGUAGUCCUAGACGAGCGUGCUCUGUAGGAGAAGUCUGUAUUCUAUAAAGUGUAAUCGUGUAGUGUAGGGGGGCGGGCGGGCAGGCAGGUGGGCGGGGAGGGAGGGGGCGGGAGGGUGGACGCGGCGCGGCGACUGGGGCGGGGUCCUUUUUUUAUUCUUGGAGGUGAACGUCGGGAUUGUGAUGGGGGUUGGAUUCGGUCGUCGGGACCUGCCAGUCCUUCGCGAAGCGCAGCACAAGUGCGGCCCGGGGCGGAGUAGCUCCCCCACCCCGGAGCCCGCGCCCUUUUCUAAAGGCGUCUGUAUGUAAACAGUCAAUAAAACAAUCGAUUUGA